AAAGCAAUGGUUCAAGCAGCUCGUCUUAAGGAACCUGUCCUUGGAAUCAAGGGACCAUCGACUCUUGUCAAGUUGCAAGGUCUUGAUCUUGUUUGGGGACUACCUCCUGACUAUAUGCAUUGUGUGUUGGAAGGUGUUACAAAGCAGAUCACUGAAAUGUGGCUAUCAUGCACUGGUUCUUCUUGGUACAUAGGCAGAUACUUGAAGGUUGUGAAUUCAAGGUUGCGUGCAAUAAGGCCGCCCAUAAUUUUCUCAAGGUCAGGACGACCUUUAUCAGAUCGGGCAUAUUGGAAGGCUACUGAAUGGCGCUCUUGGCUUUUGUUUUAUUGUCUUCCCUGUGUGUCUGACCUACUGCCACGAACCUACGUGACACAUUUUGCACUUCUUGCAAAGGCAGUCUUCUUUUUGUUGAAGGACAUUGUCGUAGAAGCUGAAAUCAGUGCUGCUGAAAACUUGCUCUUGUCAUUUGUCCAGCAGACUGCAAAACUGUAUGGAGAAAGUGCCAUGACUUUUAACAUGCAUCAGUUGUUGCAUCUUUCAAAGGCAGUGCGGAUGUUUGGCCCUUUGUGGGGUACAUCAACAUUUCCUUUUGAAGAUGGUAUUGGUAAGGCACUCCAACUUGUAACAGCUGCUAAGCAUAUGCCUGUCCAGAUUUCUGAGCGGUGCAUCAUGCAUCAGGCAUACCGAAAUGUGUCCGCACAAAUGGAACUUUCAUCUUGUUUAUUGUUCGCAAAAAAAGAGCAAGAGCAUACAUAUAAAAGAUGCUCUCAGACAUGUGCUUUGGGACAAGCGCAACCAAUUUCUGACGUUCCAGAAAAUGUGAAAAGGCUUUUCAUAUCACAAUUUGGUUGCCUCCCCAGACUGUGCAAGCAUUUCAGGUGCCAGGUUGGAACGAUUGUCAUUCACAGCUCUGAGUAUUCUGUGCCAACAAAAACAUGUUCUUGCUAUGUAAAAAUGUCCGAUGGCAUGUACUGUUACAUCUUGGCUAUUUAUGUCGCUUCUGGCACUAUGUACCUUCAUUGCCAGCAGCUGCUUACUACAUGCAGUGCAUUUGAUGUGCCACACAUUUUGCAGUGCCAUCACCCGCCUCCAUCUGAGAACCACUUCUUGUAUUGUGUUGAAGAUGUAACCUCACAGUGUGUUUUUCUAAAUGUUUGUAAGAUAUCAUAUUUGUGUGAGUUACCUAAUAAGCUUGAAACAAACUAAUUUAAAUUGAAAGGUUUACUUUAUACGAGGUGUGUUCAAAAAGAAACUGAACUUCUGAAAUAGCGCACCAACCGGCAGAGGGAGCAUGCAGCGGCUACUGAGCGCAUGUAGCGGCAGGUUUAGACAACCAACUGCCAUUUGCCGCGUUUCGCUCUGGCCGUUAGUUGGCGAGCUACAGCUGCUGAAGUGAGCACAUGAACAAGCUGUUCUUCGGAUUGGUGCCAGAGUAACAAUGAAGGAAUUGGAAGAACAGUGUGUGUGUGUGUGUGUGUGUGUGUGUGAAGUUCUGCUUCAAACUUGGGAAAACUUUCACAGAGACAUACAGUCCUCCCCAAGCAUACGGGGAGGACUGUAUGAGUUGCACGCAGUGCUAUGAUUGGUUCAAGCAUUUUGAAGAUGGAAGAAUGUCGGUCGGUGACAAUCCCAAGCCUGGACGACCUUCCACAUCCACAGAUGAUGACCACGUCUAGAGAGUUCGAACUGUGAUUCGUGGAAAUCGUGGUUUGACUGUUCGAGAAGUCGCUGACAAAGUGGGUAUCAGUGUAGGAUCAUGUCAUGAAAUUUUGAGUGACAAACUUGGGAUGUGUCGUGUCAGUGCAAAAUUCGUGCCGUGUUUGUUGAGUGACGAACAGAAGCAGACCCGUGUUGGAAUCAGCCAGGAACUGCUCGCUGCUGCCAAUGAUGAUGAAAACUUUCUUAAGAACAUCAUAACAGACAUGAUGAUGAGACAUGGGUUUAUG